GGAUCCAACGCGCGAAACAACAAUUUCAGAUUUGCUCUGGUAAGUGAACUGAUAAAUUAAGUUGUAUUGUGGCUCUUUAUAAAAUGUUUUCCCAUAUAAAAUGGUUAUAAUUUCACGUCCUAUAUGGAAACUAAAUAUGCAAAUGAAGGGACAAUUAUUUAACAGUGUCAUUGACUGUGGGUUCAGGGUUGUUUUAGAAUCAGGUUUUAGUUAAUGUUAAUGGUUUCUUUCAUAUCAUUCAUGUUGUAUAAUAUAGUUGUGAAACUCAUAUAAGUCAUAUUUAAUAAUUCUCAUGAAUUAUUAAAUAUGAAAACACUUAAACACAAAAGAAAUCAUGACCGUGAAGGAGUUUGUAUAUCUGAUACAAAAUCAUGCUAAAUCAUUUACAUACACUUUAAGUUCAAUUUUCUCAACAAAUAUAAUUCAUUUACUUUAAAUUAUUGAAGGUUACGACUGUUAUCACUCAAGACGUUUCACAAGCCAUUUCGGCUCCAGUUUGUAUAUCCGAUACAACACGGCCGUUCAUGUUGUAAUUGUAAAUAGUACAUGUGGUAUAGUUACAUGUCAGUAUAUAUAAUGUUAUAAAUCUUCAUUGUUGUAUAGGUAUAAAGUGCGAUAGUAAUCGAAAACAAAGAGCGAAUAUCCGACAGGCAAAAUAAAAUGAAAACUGCAGUAUAUUUUUGUUUCUUGCUGGUUAUCUUAAUUCAGUCGGUGGAUAGUCUUCCUAUCAGUUGUAUUGGCGGGAAUGGCUGUGAACCAACAGACAGUGGGGCGCGGGAGACAACAUCAGUAAAGAAAACCGAAAACACUAAACCACCGUCAACAACUGCAACGGGAACAACAAUACCUACAACAACAACCGUAGCAACAACGACAACAGCAGCAACAACAGGCAAUACUGUAUGGCCUUAUUGGCCUAUUAUAAAUCGCGUACGUAGAGUUAUAAAUCGUAGAGUUAUUUGCCCUCCUUUUAACCCUCACCUAGACGAUAUUCGCCGACUAAUUUUGUCUAGAAUUUUAUCGGUUAAAAAUUCCGAUGUCCCAACAAGUGCGAAACCCGCAACAAAGCAAAUCAAUUAUCUUGUAACGAAGGUAGGUUUUUGAUAAUAUGAAUUACAAUAAUCUACUUAUUGUUUUAUAAAGUUGUAAUAGUUGUUCAAUCAGAUAUUCUUUAACUAUAAAGUCUAUAAAGUCACGUAAGUGUGUUUUGUUUCACGAAAUGGCGACGUCGGGGGCUCUUCGAUAGCAUAAAGAUAGAGUAAGUUGCCGCACCCCACCUACGAGAUUAAUAGAGUAUUCAUUACGGCUUGCGGAAGAGGUGGGGCUACCCACCUGCAUGACAAUCUCACGUAGCUUAUAGUAACGUAACUGACUUUAUUUCACGAGGGUUAACCAUAAUAGUAAUCUUACAUACGGCCCUCACAAUGUUACAAUAUUUACAAACAUAAAAAGGUAUGAUUACUAAAUUUACAUACGAGUGAAAAUUAAUUAGUCACUUGAAACAUUUGUGAAACUCGUUAAUAAUUCAUGAAGAACACACAAAAGAAAUCAUGCAUGCAUGAGCGUGAAAGAGUUUGUAUAUUUGAUACAGAAUCAUGCAGAUUUACAUAAACUUUAAGUUCAAUUCUCUCACCAAAUAUCAUUCAUUUAUUUUAAAUCAGUCGAAGAAUAUGAAUGUUCUCCCCUUCAGCUCGAGUUUGUAUAUCCAACACAACACGACCGCUCAAGUCAUGUUGUAAAUAGUACUUACAAUUUAGUAAAUAUUUACGAUUUUUACAGAACAGUGUCCCAACAAAUGUCCCAACAAGUGCGAAACCCGCAACAAAGCAAAUCAAUUAUCUUGUAACGAAGGUAGGUUUUUGAUAAUAUGAAUUACAAUAAUCUACUUAUUGUUUUAUAAAGUUGUAAUAGUUGUUCAAUCAGAUAUUCUUUAACUAUAAAGUCUAUAAAGUCGCGUAAGUGUGUUUUGUUUCACGAAAUGGCGACGUCGGGGGCUCUUCGAUAGCAUAAACGGAUAGAGUAAGUUGCCGCACCCCACCUACGAGAUUAAUAGAGUAUUCAUUACGGCUUGCGGAAGAGGUGGGGCUACCCACCUGCAUGACAAUCUCACGUAGCUUAUAGUAACGUAACUGACUUUAUUUCACGAGGGUUAACCAUAAUAGUAAUCUUACAUACGGCCCUCACAAUGUUACAAUAUUUACAAACAUAAAAAGGUAUGAUUACUAAAUUUACAUACGAGUGAAAAUUAAUUAGUCACUUGAAACAUUUGUGAAACUCGUUAAUAAUUCAUGAAGAACACACAAAAGAAAUCAUGCAUGCAUGAGCGUGAAAGAGUUUGUAUAUUUGAUACAGAAUCAUGCAGAUUUACAUAAACUUUAAGUUCAAUUCUCUCACCAAAUAUCAUUCAUUUAUUUUAAAUCAGUCGAAGAAUAUGAAUGUUCUCCCCUUCAGCUCGAGUUUGUAUAUCCAACACAACACGACCGCUCAAGUCAUGUUGUAAAUAGUACUUACAAUUUAGUAAAUAUUUACGAUUUUUACAGAACAGGUUUUCGAGAUGGUUAUUAAGGUUUAUAAGCUUAUUAAGAAAGAUUUCACGAAGUUUGUGUUUGGCAUUAGACUCCAUUAGUUAUUUUUGAGAUAAAAACAUCGGAAGAAGAUUAAUCAUGACUUGUUUAUUUAUGUUGAUUGUAAUGAAAGACAAAUCCGUGGGGACAUUGGUAGCCAAGUAUUGCCAAGAUGUUCUAACAAAUUUUGAUCAAUUAUAACUAUAGUACAUAAUUCUAAUUUUUAAUCUAGUCUCUCUGUAAAUUUAAUAUGUUUUGCAUUCUAUAUGUACCAGUAUUCGUUUAACUCUGUUUGAAUAAAAUUUGUAUUUGUACAAUCUGGUGCCCAGAGGACCGCGGAUUCAGGUUACGAGAUUGUUGAUUGCUACCUUCACUAUAUAUAGAACCAAACACUCACCCAGAUUUUAUCUUCACUAGUUUUUCAAAAAGUCGCUAACUGAAUCUCUCACAAGCUACAAAGAAAAGGAAUCUACCAACACUGAAAAUCAAGAAGGAAAAAUGACAGAGAUUUCACCGACAAUCGGUGGACAAAAAACCAUCACUACUGUACCAACACCGUCGGCAGACGUUGCAAAAAAACCAUCAACAGCCCGGUCAACAACCGAAAUACCGCAUAUAUUUGCUUGGAUUUUAAAGUAGCUUGACGCGUAUUGGCAAUAGUGGACCGGAACAUCAGUCAACUUUACAAACAAAAUUGACAUUUUGACCUUUGUGAUAUAUUAUAAUUUUUCUCAUUUGUUUACUUUAAUUAUUAUAUACUAUUAAGGCGGAUUUCCAGUCCUCGCACGAAGCUCCUCGCAGCUCGCUGCGAGUGCAUGCAUGAGCACUUUCAUCCAAUCACAAUGCAAAACAGUUAAUUUUAAUUAGAUGCAAGCACUCGCAGCGAGCUGCGAGGAGCUUCGUGCGAGGACUGAAAAACCGCCUUAAGGCACUGCCCAAAUUCGCUAAGUGCACAUGCAACAAUGAUACGAGGACGAGAUUGCAAACUUUUACUGACGGGAUCAUAAUGUCAGAAAGUUAGACAUAUACAGUAUAACGAGAAAUAAGGAUUUUAUAGCACUGUUUUUAUUCCGCAUUUGUACCUUGAUCUACCUUGCGAGAUGUCACCUGAUAUUCCUCGCAACUAAUUUGAAUAAGCACUAUGCAUAAAAGUUUAAAAUGUUGGUUUGAAGCAUCUCUUAUGAAACAGGGCCGUAGGAAGCUCUUUUCGAUUGGGGGGGCUGAAAGCGAGGGCCGAAGGCCCGAGGAAAUUUUUAAAUUUAGAGUCUCUAAAAUGCCAUUUCCUGGACUUUGGGGGAAGAUUUAACAGAAUUCUGAUAGUCAGAAAACAGCGUUUUAGUAUGUCGAAAUUUACAGGAAAGUAUGGGCCAGACUGUAGUAUUAUAAAUGCGCGGCGGGAAUUUUCGUCGUAAAUGGCAGUUGCGCGGAAAUGAAGGCAGAACAUUCGAGAAAAUUUCGAAAAUCUGGAGUCUCUAGAUGGUCUGAAAUGGCAUUUUCAGAGUUUUCUUUCGCAAGACCCAACACGCAAAAGACAAAAUAAAUCAUUAGUUCAUCAAAAAUGUGCAGAUUUUGUGGGAUUUUCUUGAAAAUGCGCGACAGAAAUUCAGCAAAAAUUUCUACGCGAGGAACGAUCUGGAGUAUGAGUAAUAUCUUCAUUCUUUGCAGUUUGUCACAGAUUAAAUGAUAAAGUUUGCAUGAUUUUGAAAAAAGAAUGAUUAUUAGCAAAUUAUUGGGGGGGCUGCAGCCCCCCCGGUUGCUACGGCCCUGUGAAGUGAAUAUAUACAAUCAUACAGUCACUCAGUGAUGUUGCUUUGAAAAUAUUUUGACAGUAAAAAUGAGACAUAACAGUCAGUGUUUAGCAAUGUGAAUAAGUCAACCCCAUAUAUAUAAUCUUGAUUUUGGUUAGUUAAUUGUCUGUUUCAGUCGGUGAAGAUGACAUUUUUACAUGAUCAUACGGCAGCACUACCCCUUGCUAUAGUAACUCCUUGUAAAGCUACCGUUUUUCAUGUGAUGUGCAUUUAGCAAAUUGGGACUCCUAAGAACACUCUAACAAGUAUUUAUUAUACAUUGAAACUAUCUAUAGUUGAAAAUAAAAUUUGCGAUUGUCUAGUGUAAACUGCAUGAUAGCGACUGUUUCAAAUUUUGGUUUAAGCCUAUAGUUUCCAUUUGGUCGUUAGUUGUCGCUGGCACGACAAAUGGCUGAUGUAAUAGAGUGUCAACAAAUGAACAAAACUUUAUAAAACUCUGCAAUCAUUAAGACUGAUUUGCAUAUAACACACAAAAAGACUAUUGAUAUUAGACUAUUUCACAUCUACCGCUUGUCGUGCCAGCGACAACUAACGACCAAAUGGAAACUAGGCUUUACACGGCCCUUCCAAAACGCUGCUCAAAGAGAACACGUAGCUUUGUUGCUUUGCUAAUAUUAUUUGGUGUGGUUGUUGUUGUUGGUGUUGGUGUUGUUAUCGUCUUUCGUUGACAUUUCCCUUGCGCCAUGUCCCAAUAUCUAGACUUGCCACCUAUAUCACAGAACAGACCCUGGGCCUGGUCACAAUACCCAUCUUCAUCCCAUAGACCAUAGCAAACUUCGCCUUCAACUUUAGCACAAACUUGGCAGCAACCACAAUUGUCACGAACCAGAC